AUGGAUCACGACCAGAUUAGACAACAGCAGGCUCAUGCCGCCGAGAACAAGGACACCAAGUCCUCCGACGGCGCCGCCGUCACCCCUCAAUUUUCCCGCGAUGCUGUCUUCCCCGGCGAAGUAGUCGGCGAGGUGACCGACCUCAACCGCCAGGACCUCGAGAAGCAAAAGGCCGCUCAGGGCAGCGCCCACUUCCACCGCCUCGGCUGGAAACGUCUCACCGUCGUCCUCAUCGUCGAGGCCAUCGCCCUCGGCAGUCUGUCUCUCCCCGCCGCCUUCGCCUCCCUCGGUAUGGUCGCCGGCGUUAUCCUUUGCAUUGGUCUUGGUCUUGUGGCUAUUUACACCAGUGACGUCGUCGGUGCGGUCAAGAUCAAGUUCCCUCACGUAUCGCACUACGCCGACGCCGGUCAGCUCAUGUUUGGCCGCUGGGGUUACGAAAUCAUUGGUGCCAUGUUCGCGCUUCAGUUGACGUUCCUGGUUAGCUCUCACACCCUCACCGGCGCCAUCGCUUUCGGCAACAUCACCAACGACGGCGCGUGCUCCAUUGUCUUUGCCGUCGUCUCCGCCAUUAUCCUGCUGAUUCUUGCCAUCCCCCCUUCCUUUGCCGAAGUCGCCAUCCUGGGAUACAUUGAUUUCGUCUCCAUCAUUCUCGCCAUCGGUAUCACCAUCAUCGCGACCGGUAUCAACAGGGGUGAGAUCACCACCGCUCCCUGGUCUGCCUGGCCCAAGGAGGGCAUUACCUUUGCUGAGGCCUUCAUCGCCAUCACCAACAUUGUCUUCGCCUACAGCUUUGCCAUUUGCCAGUUCUCCUUCAUGGAUGAGAUGCACACCCCGACCGACUACAAGAAGUCUAUUUGGGCCCUUGGUCUGAUUGAGAUCUUCAUCUACACCUUCACUGGCGCCCUCAUCUACGCCUUUGUCGGCCAGGAUGUGAAGUCCCCUGCCCUGCUGUCCGCCGGUAACACCAUCUCCAAGAUUGCAUUCGGCGUCGCCCUGCCCGUUAUCUUCAUCUCAGGAUCCAUCAACACCACCGUCGUCGGCCGCUACAUCCACGGUCGUGUCUACAAGGACUCCAUUAUCCGCUUCAUCAACACCAAGAUGGGCUGGAUCACUUGGCUCGGUCUCAUCACCGUCAUCACCAUCAUCGCCUUCAUCAUCGCCGAAGCUAUCCCUUUCUUCUCCGAGCUUCUGUCCAUCAGCUCCUCGCUCUUCAUCUCCGGCUUUACCUUUUACUUCCCCGCCCUGAUGUGGUUCAUGCUCAUGCGCGAGGGUUCCAUGUUCGCCAAGGAGAAUCUCAUGAAGACUGCGCUCAACGGUCUUGCCUUCAUCAUCGGCAUUGUUGUUCUGGUUUGCGGUACCUACGCCAGUAUUGUUGAGAUUGACCUCAAGUUCAAGACUGGAAAGAUCAGCAGCCCCUUCACCUGCGCUUCCCUCGCCUAA